ACCUCUCCAUCCUCGUUCAUAUUCCCCGCGCAGAACCAUAUUGACAACGUACCGCCAGACAUGACAGCCCCUGGAGCAGCACCAUCACAGGCGGGAUCGUCGACAGCGCUAGUGGCGUCGGCACCGUCUCGCAUCGCAAUGCCGCCACCUACCUCAAAGUAUUCGCCUCGGUUCGACGGGAAGCGUCUCCAAAGCUUCCUCAACGUUUACGAAAACCUCGCAAACGCGGCGAUGCUCACCGACUCCGAGAAGUGCCGGAUGGUACUCGAGUACUGCACGGAGGAGGUGAGUUUCAUGCUCUCCUGCAUGAGUGAGUUCGCAGGCAGCGAUUGGGAGGCGGCGAAGACACAGAUGCUCUUCUGCUUCGGCGAAGGCACGGUUAAGGACAAGGGGUCAGCUGACAAGCUUAGGGCGUACAUUAAGAAGUACAGGAAGACGCGCAAGAUCCGAAAUUUGGAAGGGUACUACAAGUACCUUCACGGAUUCCUCAAGUGCGCAGGGAACCAGAUCGAACUCGGCGGGAUCAAUUCAGCUGAGCACGAUUAUCUGUUCUUCAAAGGACUAAAUUCGCGUGUUAGGAAGGCGAUAGUGCCAAAGCUCGAGAAGCAGAUGGGGAAGACUCCCACGCACAAGGAGCCGGCAUCGUUCAAACUGUGCGCGGAGGAAGUCCGCAAGUACUUCGCUGAAAGUGACUACCGUAGGGACGCUGAUUCAUCCAGUUCCGAGUCAGAAGGUAGCGAGUCAGACUCAGAAGAAGAGUCGGACAGCGACUCUGACUCAUCGGACAGCGACAGUGAAGACGACAAGAAGAGAAAGAAGAAGAAGAAGAAGACGGAUAAGAAGGCAGACAAGAAGAAGAGCAAGAAGAAGGGUAAGCGAACGAAGGACAAGGACGACGUGGACGACCUCGUCGACCGACUCGAUAAGCUACUCGCCGCACGGCUCGUACCGGCUUCGACGAACUCGGCGACACAAGCGACGGCGUGCGCGGCUCAUCAGGGGACGCUAACGCCGCAAGCGACUACAUGCGCGGGCCACCAAGGGCAGCCUGCGCGGAUAUGCUACAUGUGUGCUAAAGAAGAGGGUAAGGACUUGGACCAUCGCAUCGGCAUGGGACACUGCGGCUUCACAAAGAAGUGGAUCGCAGACGGUACGAUCGUGUAUAGCCCGCAGGGCAGGCUAACGUACGCGGACGGUUCGGAUUUGCCGAACGGACGAGGUGUUGCCGGCGGCAUGUCCACACUAAUCCAGCAGCGGCUCGAUCAGAUCAAAGGGAAGGCUCGCGACGCGCCGCCGCACAUGUCGUGUAGCGCGAUCGAGGUGAUGCGCGACGACCAGCCAGUGCUAAGCGGUAACGUGUAUGCGGUAUCCUCCGAAGACGUUUACUCUUUCCCGGUCACUAGGUCGCAAGGGAAAACCCAAGCCCAAGAUCUGCCAGCUACGCCGCCAGCUGCGCUCAAGAAAGUCCGGUUCGACUUCAAGCACUCGGCCGCGGACGAGCAAGUAGGCGGGUCGACUCAUAAGUCACCCCCUCCCGUGCAAGUUCGGCAGCCGGCUGAGCCUACUCAGUUCACGAAGGACCGGGCGAAGGUAGCCGAAUCCUCGACGCCCGAACCGCCAAAGAUCAACACGGAGCAGGGAUGGCGAGAACGCGAAGCGCAGAAGAAGCAAGACCGGCGGGAAACUACAGGUGAUGCCGCUGGUCGCACGCGAACUGACCGAGCUAGCGUUCGUUUCACAUCGGACAUUCAGGACAUGGUAUCGGUUGACCAGGUCAUGGAUAAGACUCUGAACACGAUGAUGUCCAUUCCGCUCAAGACGCUAAUUGCUAUGUCACCAGAAAUGCAGAAACGGUUUGCAGCCAUAACAAAGACGCGGCGCGAAGUCUACGCGACCAUAGCCGAAGUAAGAGAGCUCGUGGACGAAGCUGAAGAAGGCGCAGGAACAUCGGAAAACCCGCGUGGCGCUGCGUCGGUUACGGUACGCGACGAAGAACACCUCGAGUCGAUCAUCGACAGCUACGCCGCAGCAAUCGCGCUUGGCAGCCGUCGACGAUUCGUGGCAAUGGCAUGCGGGCUCGUCCAGGGCAAGUUUGGUGACGAACCGGUAACGUACCUCAUCGACUCUGGUUCGGAAUUGAACCUGAUCGCUCAGCGCGUGUACGAGCGAGCUGGAGUAGACAUUGACACAGAUGGGUCGCGAUGGACGUUGAGGGGCAUUCAUGGAGCACCGGUGGCGCUGGUGGGAUGCUGCCGAGACGCGUCGGUCGUGAUCAAUGGGGAGCGGUUUGACCACCACUUCUUCGUGCAUCCGGGGGAGAUGGGGAGGCACGAUGGGAUCCUCGGCCAACCUUGGCUGCAGUGGUUUUCGGCACGACUCGAGUACGCGCGUAACGGGGGGCAGGAGCUGGUCGUGUUCCCUAGCGGAGACCCAGCUAGCGAUCCGAUGCGCGUCCGGAUAGUAGGGAUGGCCGAUCGCCGCAACGUGGACAAGCUAGUCCAGUCGGCAGAGGUCGCAACGGAUUUUUAG